UUUGAUUUCCGUGUUUCAUCAAUCAUUUAUUUUUCUGGUCUGUGCACUGCACUUCAGAAACUGAAUUCUCGAAUAGAUUGGAUUCAAUUUAUCAAAAAAUGUAUAUAAAGUCCUAGUUUUCAUGAGUCUAAUAAAAUGAGAAGCUAUUAAAGUUAUGAUUUCCUUUAAAUAAAGUUAACAUUUAUUGUUUUCGUUGAGCUAAGCCAAGAAGGAAGAAUGGAGAACAAUUUGAGCCGCAGUGGAAGCCGCUCGAGCUCUGUUUGCGAACUGGAAAAGGAUUUAAGCGAUUUGGAAAUAAUGAAAACUAGGACGAAUCGACGUAACGUAAUGAUUCGGUCGCAACCAGCACGUAAAGCAAAACGAAUUAGAUUUUUUCGAAACGGUGACAAAUUCUAUUCAGGAGUAAUAAUUCCAGUCUUGCCAGAGAGAUACAGAUCAUUUGACAGUCUAACUGCAGAUUUAACUAGAGUGUUAGUUGACAAUGUAACAUUGCCAAGCGGUGUUAGAACAAUUUAUUCUCUAGAAGGUAGAAAAAUAGGAAAACUAGAUGAUUUAGAAGAUGGACAGUCAUAUGUAUGCAGUGGGUUCGGAGAGCCCUUUAAGCGUAUAGACUAUGAGGCUAGUGCAGUCACACCACAGUCAUUCAGGCUUAGUGGUCCAGAGUCCUUAAAUGAUAGCUGCAGCCCGUCUCCUGCUAGAGCUAAUAACAGGCUGUCUCGAUAUUUGCAGACAAAUGGUAGCAAUUCUACUGGCAAUGAGACACCAAGAGUGAGCCCUGCAGGGGACAAUGUUGUCCGACCUCGUAUAGUUACUAUAAUUAGGAAUGGAGUGAAACCCCGCAAGGUGUGCAGAUUGCUGUUGAACAAGCGCAACAGCCCAACUCUGGAACACGCGCUGGCGGCCAUCACCGAGUGCAUCAAGUUGGACACCGGCUGUGUUAGGAAAGUGUUCUCCCAGUCCGGCGCACCUGUUAAUGCUUUAAAUCAAUUUUUCGAAGAGGAAGAUGUAUUUUUCGCGUAUGGAAACGAAAGAGUCAAUCAAGAAGACUUCGAACUCGAAUUUGAAGAAAGUAAGGCUGUAUUACAAUGUAGGAAAAGUAAAUGUAACCCUGUGACUAGGAAUGCAAGAUCGGGCCCUAAGCCCCGCAUGCCAGUAAAAGCGAGCGGUGCAGCGAGAAAGAAGAGCGAGGGCGGCGCCGCCGGGGACGGAGACACCAACGGCGACGUGGCCGCGCUCGCUAACCUUCUGCCGCAGCCGCUGCGGCUCAAGUAUAGUGUUGGCAAAAUUAUUGGUGACGGCAAUUUUGCUGUUGUCAGGAUGUGCAAAGACAAAUCAACAGGAAAGGAGUAUGCUCUUAAAGUUAUAGACAAAGCAAAGUGUAAAGGAAAAGAACACUAUGUCGAAGCAGAGGUACGAGUUAUGAGGAAGCUAUGUCACCCGCGUAUCGUCUCUCUUGUUGAAGAUCAAGAUAGUCCAGAAUGGCUGUUCCUUAUAAUGGAAUUAGUCAGUGGUGGCGACUUAUUCGAUAGUAUCGCAGCUGCUUCUAAAUUUUCCGAGCCCCAAGCGCGUUUGCUAAUAGGUCACCUAACAUCAGCUAUCGCAUAUCUACACUCGCUUUCUAUCGUGCAUCGCGACAUCAAACCCGAAAACCUGUUGGUCGACAUUGCGGGUGAUGGCAGUAUACGUGGGCUAAAGCUCGCGGACUUUGGGCUUGCAGUAGAGGUGUGGCGACCGCUGCACGCUGUCUGCGGCACACCCACCUACGUCGCCCCGGAAAUACUGCUCGAAACUGGGUAUGGGUUGAAGAUUGACGUAUGGGCAGCAGGAGUGAUACUAUACAUCCUGCUAUGCGGGUUCCCCCCGUUCUCCUCCCCGGACGGCGACCAGGAGAAGCUGUUCGACGCGAUCCUGUCCGCGCGGCUGGAGUUCCCCGCGCCGCACUGGGAGCGCGUGUCCGCCGGGGCCAUCGACCUCAUCGCCAACAUGCUCCGUCCGCAGCCGACGCUGCGCUUCGACGCCGAGGACGUGCUCGACCAUGCGUGGAUGUCGGAUGAUUACGACGAAACCUGUGACUUCCGUACAUGGUACGACGACGACGACUCGUCAUAGCCUCGGAGCGGCCGCUAAGCGCUUUGCGUUCCCGCCACGGAGACGUCCCGGCAAAGUUUGUAGCUACUGCGUUAUUCGCUAACAGCUACGCGAAGCCUUCAUGUUAACACCAAUACCAAAGUUAUUCCAUAAUGUAUGUAAGGUCUUUUUUUAUAUAAGUUCUCAACUAUGUAAACAAACUCUAAGAGUUCAUUUACGCGAGCGGCAACUGCUACCGACGACCGCAGUCGGCGACGUCUCGGCGGCAGUCGACGGCGUCUCGGCGGCAGUCGACGGCGGUCGCCGACUGCAGUUAGCGAUGUCUCGGCGGCAGCCAACGGCAGUCGACUUGUCGGCGGCAGUCGACUUGUCGGCGGCAGUCGACUUGUCGGCGGCAGUCGACUGCAGUCAGCGACGUCUCGGCGGCAGUCGACUGAAGUCAGCGACGUCUCGGCGGCAGCCAAUGACAGUCGACUGCAGUCGUCUGUAGAAGGUGCCGCUCGUGUAAAUGAACACUAAAACUGGAGAAAUCAAUGUUUUUUAAUAGUUUGAAAUAACUUUGCAGCCCUGAAGUUACAAAUGAGAUUGCACUAAGCAGUUAUUAAAAAUAAUUAGCGGACCCGGUCAAGCUUCGCUUUGACUAAUGUGCGCUUCUUCCCUACCUUUCCCUACUCCAACCCUACCCUACCCCUACCCUAAACAUACCCUGACCCUACCCUACCUUACCCUACCCCUACCCUAAACAUACCCUAACCCUACCCUACCGUAUCCUAUACAUGCUAUGUAUCAGAGAUGGCGCUGUAUGUGAAAAAAGAUUUUCCCGCCUAAAUACAUAUAGAUAAACCUCACGGAGCCCGAGACCUUUCCAACGAAUGCAAAACCGUGGAAACCGGUUCGUGUGUUCUGGAGUUGUAGCGUCAGGAAGGAAAACCCGAUUUAUUUUUAUAUAGUAGAUAGACAAGUCGAAAAUGGCAGUUAUUUGAUGGGAACUGUAAGUGUCAAUACAAACAUAUUUCCUAUGAUGAUGGUAAUAGUUUAAUUUUAACAGUGUGGAUGGAUCUAAAAAUGGUUGAUGAAGCAGUCAAAUUAUGUUCUUAACUUCCAAAAAAUAUUGUUUUAGAGAAGAUUUUAAUUCAUCUGUUCUAAUUUUACUCAUCCCCCAGACGACUCAGAAUAGUUUGUACAAUGAAUAAAGAACUUAUUCUUGUUUACAUAGUUGAAAAUUUCUAUUAAAUCAAGGUGUAAUGUUUAAAAAAAAACUUUGAAGCAACUGCACGUGUGUUCAAUUUUCAGAAAAAAAAAACUUUAUCAAAUUAAAUUACAGUGAUUGAGCAGAACAUUGUUAACGUUCAGGUUUUUAUACUGAUUAUAUAACACACUAUAAAAUAAUAAUAUGUAAAAUGAUUUUCAAAUUAAUUCUCUUAUUUAUUUUCAGUACAUUAAUUAUUAUUAUUUCUUUAAGAGACUUAGCCUUUAGUUAGUAUUUAUGUGGCUGUAAAACCAGUGUUUAUUUAGUAUUACGUAGAUUUAUUUUUUAAAAUCUGACAAUAAAUUUAAAUGCAUUUAAUUUUUUUUUUGUAUUGAAUCAAAAAUGAUCUCUGAAUUUUGAAUUGUAGGCCAACAGUGUUAAUUGUUAUUUUGAAAGGCAUUGAUGAAUUUGGCAUACAAGUAGAUUUAAGGAGCUUGAGGUAAUAAAUUUCCAAGAGGCCUACUAUAACUGGAGAGAAACACAGAUUUAAUACAAAUGGCUGAAGUAAUGAGAACUAUUUACUAUGUAAUAAUAAUAUAUACCACUAUUGUAAGGCUUUAGUUAUAAAGCUUUGGGCUCUUAAAUGGUGCAUAUCUUCAAUUUCGUAGGUAACUAGAUUUAUAACUUUCAUAUUUAUUUCAGAUCAUAAUAUUAAUUUCAAUGUUUAGAAUUUUUUUGUCACAACAUACUUAUAUAAGUGAUCACAACACUGGCGCUAUGUUAUUAAAAAUAACAAGUAAUGUAUUUUGCAGUUAAGUAAACAUUUGUUUAGUUAAGAAAAUUCUAGAUAAAAUGAUAAAAAAAAAUGCUUAAACAACACACAAAAAAAUGUUUUUACUCUCAUAUGUCAGGUAUGCAAGUAAAAAUAAUUCUUAGAGCUGCAGUUAUUUCCACAAAACACUACAAUUAUAUAAAACACUUUUACUUGGAUAUAAGGUACUUUUGCUUGGUAAUAGGAAUUUAAAUAAUUGAAUAUGAUUAGUAAAAAUAAACUUAUUAAUAAAACAUUAAUACUUUCACUGAUCAUAUUUAAAUUAAUGAAAUUCUUAUUUCCAAGAAAAAGUACUUUAUUUAUAUCCAAGUAAAAGUAUUUUAUAUAAUUAUAGUGUUAUAUAAAUGUAAUAUUAUUGAAAAUAAACAUACACAUUUUUACUAAUCAUAUAAUUUAAUAGAAUUUUUAUUUCCAAGCAAAAGUACUUUAUAUCCAAGUAAAAAUUUUUUAAAUAAUUGAAACAGUGCAGUCAGUAUACUAUAUUAUUGUGCCAAAUUAAAUAAAUAAUAAUUUCAUCCCAUUAGGUACAUGUAUUUACUUUUUGAAUAUACCAUAUUAUUUUAAUUACAUAGAUGCUGCUUUAUUCUACCAUAUUGCAUUAAAAGAUAAACCUAGUUAGACUGAUACACACACAUUCCUUUAAUUUAUAGUAAAAUAUCUGUGCCCUAUGAAUUUGAUAACUAUGUGCCCAAAAGUUUGGCCUCAAACUGGUCAACUUGGAAAUUCAUCAUUUCUAAAAUGAGUCUGGCCGGCCUCCCUAGCCAAGUAGCACGUCGAUUCUCUUUCUACGAUGGCUAACGCUUCGAAGCUAAACGCUAGAAAAAUGUAUGGGAAAUGACAGAUCUUGAUCACGUGACCUGUCGCUCGCACAUUCCCAUACAUCUUUCUAGUUUUCGAAGCGUUAGCGAUCGUAGAAAGAGAAUCGAAGUGCCACUUGGCUAGGGCGGCUGGUACGAGUAGAUACUGAAAACAAUAAACAAGAACAGGCCAUUGACCGAUUUUAGUAUGACGCCUAAUAUAAAAUGUAUUGGGUUUAAUGAACUACCCUAUAAACAUCUUCCAGGUUAGUAUACUUCCAUCAGAUUAAUAGAUUAUUAUCACUAUUUUCGAAUAUAACAGAAAUCUUUUGUCUUGUUAUCCUUUGUUAAAAAACUAUUUAAAGAUUUAUUUGCUUAAUAAAUUAUUUAUUAUGAAAAAAAAAUUGUUUAACUUUAUUUCUAGUAAUGUAUUAAUGUAAAAAUAUUAAUAUGAUGCCUGCCUCAAAAUAACCUAGUUAUGUUUAACAUUUUAGGUAAAUUAUUAUUUAUUCUUUUCAAACAAAAUUAACUUUUUUUAUUGUAAGGUGUAUAAACUUCAUUAAGGUUCUGAAAUUAAAUUGUAAUCAAGAUAGACUAUACAGAUAGAAUAACUACAAAUUGUCACAGUGAAAAUGUAUAAAUUCUUUUGAUAGAAAUCAUUUUUGCUUGAUAUCAUUAGGGAAAGGCUAGCUAAAGAUCAUAAAAAUGUGUUAUUGCACUUUGAGGCAAAUUUUUGAUAUAUGAUUUGUAACGCCAUUUGAAAUAAAGAGAGCUUGUUCAA